CAUACUCAUGGGCUCUCUCAAGUCCGUUUACAAUGAUAUUACAAAGACAUCAUAUCGACUACGUGUUUUAAUGUAAACCGGGCUUCAGGUUUUUAACACAUCGGCAACAAAUAUGGCCACCAUGGGGGAGGCGAAACUUGACAUGUAUGAUGACACGAUGUACGCUGUUGAUCCACAACACGUGGAGGGAGAGAUGACAGUUGGUACCAGACAAAAAGCGAAUAUUGGAGAACCCGACUUCAACACCCUUGACGAACCGAUUAGAGACACUAUUCUCAGAGAUGUUCGAGCAGUUGGAAAAAAAUUCUAUCAUGUACUAUACCCAAAGGAAAAGAAGAGCUUACUCAAAGAAUGGGAUCUUUGGGGACCUCUGGUACUUUGUACAUUCAUGGCGAUGGUUCUCCAAGGAUCGGAUGAUGAUGUAAUCAACAAAAAUGAUGGUGGCCCAGAAUUUGCUGAAGUAUUUGUUAUUGUUUGGAUCGGAUCUAUGAUCGUCACCCUUAACUCUAAAUUGUUAGGAGGCAAUAUAUCUUUCUUUCAAAGUGUUUGCGUUCUAGGCUACUGCCUACUACCAACAACUAUUGCUCUCAUUAUUUGCAGAAUCAUUUUGUUAGUAGAACAAACUCUUGUGUGGUUCAUUCUACGGUUUAUUAUUACGAUAAUUGGGUUUCUCUGGGCUACAUAUGCUUCCAUGGCAUUUCUAGGGGAUAGUCAGCCAGCAGGAAGAAAAGCAUUAGCAGUUUACCCUAUCUUUUUGUUUUACUUUAUCAUAUCGUGGCUAGUGAUAUCACACACCACGUGAAAAAUCUUGAACACAAAGUAAAAUUGAUUUUGACUUCAAGACUGUAUAAACCUGCACAAAGCCCAAUAAAAGAUUGACACUGAUUUUACAGGCAAAUUUAAUUGAAAAUUAAAGCCUGUUGUGUCUUUCUCUAAAUGUGGUUACAAUCUUCCUUCAAAGAUAUGUAGCCUCUGAACCCUUUUGAACACCUGAAUAAUCAAACGUGAUCAUUAAUUUUCAACGUUGCAUUUUCUAUGUUUAAAAGUAUCUUAUUUUCAAUGUCCAAUGAAAAUAUAUAAUAUUUAUUAUAUAAAUAAUAAUAUUAACGUGUAUAGUGAUAAUAACUAUUGAAUAAGUAUAAAUCAAAUGUUCCAAUAAAAAAAGACAUCAACACGAAA